AUGGACGAUAAACGCGCCCUCGAAGCCCACUAUGCCCGUGCCGACGCCGCGCACGCUGCCGGCCCAUCUGAGCCGCCACCCGCAUACUCUCUCGAGCGCUCCCCUUCACGCUCAUCUUCAGACUCAUCUCGCUCGUCGGCCGUCUAUGAACCACAAACACCCCUUCCGCCGCCGCCGGUCUCACAAGCGCCGCCGCCAGCAACUUGCAGACUCUACCUCUCCACCCAGCGCGACGCAAUCUCGGGCACCUACGUCCUAGACCCCUACGCCCCAGAGAUCGCCUCGCUCGAUCGCCUCCGCGAUAAGCCACGCCUCCCUCGCGAGGCAAAGCGCGCGCUCAGAAGGAACGCAAAGCCGAGCGUAGCGCUCGCGUCCAGGCGCGGACACAUCAACGUCCGAUUGCUUGUGCAGAACCCCGCGCCGUUCACGGGUGGCGCCGUGCACCCACAACCCGCGCUCAUAUGCGCAGAUGCAAGACGAGGGAACAUCUACCUCGACAUCGCCGAGAAGACCCCCAACCGCCCUAUAACGGUAUACACCUCCUCCCGUCGGGGUUCCACGACCGUCCUUCUACCCUUCAACUUCAACGGCACAAUUGAGCUCCACACGCGCCAUGGCCAGACCGACAUGCUCCCUGGGCUCGCCCAAAACGCGCGCGUCAUCCGCGCACGUUCGAGGGAACUGCACCUUGCCGUUGGCGACGCCACGGGUCAGGACUUCGUACGCCUCGACUCGCGCCAUGGUCCCAUCCGCAUCGGCGCGAGCGGCAUAGACGACGGAAGAAUCAUGCCAGCACUUGCGCAUAACAACGCGGCAGGCCCCAGCAGUGCACCUCUCCGACCGACUGGUGGUCCAGGGAUGCCAGGCGGUAUGCAGAUGGGUAUCGGCGCGAAACAGUUCCGGUUCUAG